GUUCCCGUGCGUUACCUCAUAGAGAGAGCCAGUCAUUUGAGUCAAGCGGUCGCGCCGAAGCGUCAAAAACUAGUUUUUAGCAAACUAUUAAACUGAAACCGUAGAUGAAGCAUCGAGAUGUAAUGCAUUAGUUAUGACUGCAAAGGAACUGGAUUAUAGUUCAAGUUUUAGCUAGUUCAUUUCGGUUAGACAAGUUAGCCGGCUAGCUAACGUUAACCUCUUCGUCUUCGUGCCAACAGAAAAAGCCUCGCCGCUUUCAACAAGGCCUAGCUAGCUAGCUACCUAACCUACAUAUGUAAUUAAUACACUCAACACGUUGAGUGUACUGUUGUUUUACAUUUAUUGGCCACAUGUCGGAAGAGAGCGCAUUGGUAAUGCAACAGAAUUUGGACAGGAGCUGCUGGGUGUGCUUCGCAACGGACGAGGAUGACCGCACGGCGGAGUGGGUGCGUCCGUGUCGCUGCCGUGGCUCCACCAAGUGGGUGCACCAGGUGUGUCUGCAGCGCUGGGUGGACGAGAAGCAGAGGGGCAACAGCACGGCCCGCGUGGCCUGUCCUCAGUGCAACGCCGAAUACCUCAUCGUCUUUCCCAAGCUGGGGCCGGUGGUGUAUGUGCUAGACCUGGCGGACCGGCUAAUCUCCAAGGCCUGUCCCUUCACCGCCGCUGGCAUCAUGGUGGGCUCCAUUUACUGGACUGCUGUCACCUACGGGGCCGRCACUGUCAUGCAGGUGGUGGGCCAUAAGGAGGGCCUGGACGUGAUGGAGCGGGCAGACCCCUUGUUCCUGCUCAUCGGCCUGCCCACCAUCCCCGUCAUGCUGAUCCUGGGGAAGAUGAUCCGCUGGGAGGACUACGUGCUGCGCUUCUGGAGGAAGUAUUCCAACAAGCUGCAGAUCCUCAACAGCAUCUUCCCAGGUCAGAAAGGACACAUUGGCUCAGCUUGCUGGGCAAAAGCUUGUGUACUCCUCUACCCCAGUCGGCUGCCCGAACUAAAGAUACCAACUCAAACUGGGAUUGGGUGUCCAGUGCCUCGUAUCCCGGCGGAGGCCAGCCCCUUGGCGGACCACGUGUCAGCCACCAGAAUCCUAUGUGGCGCCCUGGUCUUUCCCACCAUCGCCACCAUCGUAGGCAAGCUCAUGUUCAGCAGCGUCAACUCCAACCUGCAGAGGACCAUCCUGGGUGGGAUUGCAUUUGUGGCCGUCAAGGGAGCGUUUAAGGUGUACUUCAAACAGCAGCAGUACCAGAGGCAAGCCCACCGCAAGAUCCUCAACUUCCCCGAGGCAGAGGAGGCCUGGACAGACAGACAGACACACUGACACACAGGGGGAGUGGAUGGAGCGGAACAGUGAACUCUGAGCAGGAAUACUGUCUGACAGACACAGGGAUCAUUGGUGCCCCCUACCUCUUGUACCCCUCCGAGCAGCCUCGCCUCACCUCACAUUCUGUUUCUGCUCUCAGCGGAGUCCUUGUCCUAUGCUGCUGACAUUUGUGCUGUAUGACCUAUUGCGUUUUUAAAACACGUAGACUUAUACAGACAUGCGCGCGCACACACACACUCAUGCAUAUUGCACACAGGAAUGUGACUUGUGUUUUUGUGACUGCCGCAUUGCAGUAUAUUUUUUUUUACAUAACCAGUGCUUGCUUAUUUUAAGAAAUCUGGGACAGGUGUAAUUAUUAGGCAGGAAAGUUUUAUAAAUAAUUUUGGAAAUUCUGUUUGCCAAUGUGAAGGGUUUAAUGAGGAAUAUUGCUUUCCUGUGUUUUCAGAGAAAUAAGAAUAAAGUAUCUUUAUCACUAAGAGAUGAUUAUUUGAAGGAAGAUCUUACAUGCUCCCUUCAGACAUUGUUGCCACUCAUGUUUCCGUUGGUGAAAAUGCAUAGGCAUCAUUCAUCUAUUUUAGAAGCAUAGUACAAACCUCAUGAAAGUGUGAUUGUACAUAUUUCACUUCUGCAUCGGAUGAAACCUUUGAGGGUGUUUUUUACUCUUAUGCCUCGAAGUGUUCCCAUUAAUUCUGUUGGUAGAUUUAGUUACUCUGUAAGAGAUUUUUUUUCAUGCAUCUAUAACCCUACAGCUCACUUCAAUUAUUUUUCUUAUGAAAUGCACAGAUGUCUUCAACUCAUGGGAUGAGAGCGAAUUCGAUGUGCAAGCUGUCUAUUGAAUGAAGGCGUGAUUGACUCGUAUCUUUUAACCCAAAUCACAUGAUUUGCCACAAAUAAUUCCUUGCAUUUGCCUCAAGGCAGUCACAGAAUGGGUUACAACUAUAUAGAACCAGUAUACAGGUGGGGUAAGCUGCUGUCUCCGGAACACAUACACCAUGGGUUUGAAUCUGGUCCACUGCUAUUUGUAGCAACUCGCCAUCUAUCUUGUCUAAUAAACAAAAAAUGUGAGUGGAACUACCCCACUCCUUAAGAAAUCUAAUGGUGUGAAAAAGGCAUGCCAUAAACCAACCACUAGAAUAUUAAUUUAGCAUGGUAGAUGGAUGUAAUCUCAGCUUUUAAAUUCACUGUAAAGAAAAUGUAUUAUGCCAAAAGGGUGACUUUGAAGUAGAUUUUAUAGUUUCAUGGUCAAUUAUAAAUGUAUUUUUUCUAACCUUGAA